AUGAAUUCAAGUUUGAAUCGAAAAGAUAUCGAAGACUUCUGGAGACGUUCCAAUUCGAUUUGUGAUCAGGACCCACCAUCGGAUCCAGAAAGUCUCCAGGUACAAGUCAGACGUAUGAGCUUGGCGGACUUCACCGGAUUGGCACCACAACAGAAAUUGACAGACAUCGAGCCACCAACCUGGAAAUCGUCUAGCUCCCAAUCAUCCCUUCUCAACUCGUUCUCGACUCGCCGUCGUUCAGUACUAUCUAAUGAUGUUCUCGACUCACCAUCUAGACGUCUAUCACCGAGAAUUGAGGAGGAGAUGGAUGUUCACACUGCUAUUCAGAGACUCCGUUCAAUCGAGACGAAAAGUGCCGAACUGAAACCGUGUGAUCCCCCAUCGACAGCCACCGCCGACGACGUUGCAGCUGAAAAAAAACAGGCGAAUGACUCGAUUCAUCGUAUUCAAGCAGCCGCCCGUCAACUCAAUCAGUAA